CUUUUUGAAAGAUGCAGUAAUAUAACCUUCCGUAAUAUUUGGGGAGAUGUUUCUGAAUAAUUUAUGUUUUAGCCCUUUAAUUUUUUUAUUUUACUCUAUUUUUGACUGUAUAAAAUAGUUCCUGAAAGUAGUUAGCAUUUGAAAAAUCUUUAGUUUACUAGAACAGUUGUUUUAACUAACUCAAGUUCUGAAAUUAUAAUGAACUUUGUUAUUUAUUCAGUUUUAGCCUUGUUUUGGUUGACAUAUUUUUCAACUGUGGGUGAUAGUGAUUUUUUUGAGUCUUCGCCUCAAUCAGAAAAUGAUUGGGACUCCUCUAGGGAUUUUUUUGGUGAAUAUACUGUGGAAGAAAAUGAUCCUCCUCUGUAUAGGACUGAUGAUUUUCAGUCCGGAAGGAAAGACAGAUCAUCAAGGCACUAUAAUAAUAAAGAGGACUUAAGAUAUAAAGCUUAUCUUAGUAGAUUUAUAAAUAUAUUUUUAAGCAACGCUGGCUUUUGGGAUGAUGUAUUUGAGGAUGGCAGUAAAUCUUUAAGAGUUGAUUUGACUUUAUCAAAAGAGAAUUUCGAUAUACUUAAACAUUUUGGAUCUGAUGAAGAGAUUUCUUUAGAAACAUUAGAAAAUAGUUUCAGAUCAAUGUUUAACAGCAAACAUAAUUUUUACAUAGAAACUUCUGUUGUUAUGGAAUAUUUGAAAUAUGCAAUUUUAAUUGCAUUACUGUUAGCCAUUGUGACAUUUACUGUAUUCGUGUUAAGGAAAAUCAGUUUUAAAAUACCAGGAAUUAGUUUUAUAUUAUUUAUUUCCUACAUUGCUGUUGUGUUUCAGGGAUUAUUAAAACAGUAUGAGGACAUAAGUGAAAAUAUAAUUCUAAAGCGCAUGGAAUUUGACAAUCUUGGUACACCUCCUAAGGAAUGCUUUUAUUCUAAAAUGACUUUUUUGGAAAAAAUGUAUGUUCACAUAUUUAAAGAUGACCCAUGUCAAAGAUUUCUGCAGUCGAGAAAGUCCGUGUGGUAUGAAAUGGACUUAGUUUCAGCUUUUAUUAAACCUUUCCAAUCAUUUUUUUCGACAUUAUGUUCAAUAUUAGGUGAAGGAUCCGAACAAAUGAUUAAGCCGUUCGUAGAUAGAAGUCCAUGGCCGAUUAAUAUACUGUUAGAAUUCUUAGUUACCAUAAUGCAGUUACCUUUAUUAUUUUUUGGUAUUUUUUUAAUAUUCAUUGCGUUUACCCCGAGGAGCAUUUACUUAAAAAUACCUUUUUUGCUCUCAAUGGCCACUGAAAAAAAAGAUGAAUUAAAUUAUAAUCUGUCAAGAAAAAAAUCCAGAGAAGAAAGUGAAUCACGUUGUUCUGAAGGUUGUAUAAAAAAUUAUGUUAUUAAUAAAGGAGGGAUAGUUUUGCUUGGUAAUGAAGAUAAACAGUUUCCAAGUCUUAGCAUCCAAGAUAGUUCUUUGAACAUUAAUAGCCAGCCACACUCCUUUAAAACAUCCCAUCCAACUAAUGAUCCGUUAAUGAACAGAGAAGCUGGUUAUUCGGAGGAUAUAAAGUCAGGUAGCAUUAUUAAUAAACAGUUAGCAAUAAACAAAAAAAAAGUUAAAAGGGAACAUAAAAAGCUUACAUAUGUAAAAAAGAUGAAUUUUAAGCCCAGCAAAAGGGACUUAGCUCUGAAAGUUGCAAAAGAGAGCUUGGAUACUUUUCAAUAUCCUGAGCAUUAAAUUUUUCAAAACAGAAUAUUUUGCUACAAACUGGGAUGUGAUAUUAAUGCCAGUGUGAAAAAUUUCUGAUCAAUAUUUUUAAUUUUUAGUUUUAUGAAGUUUUCAAUAUAUGAUGAACUAUUUUAUAUACUCCUAAAUUUUAUAAAUCAAUGAAAGGAUAAUCAAAUGCAUAUUUUUUAUUAUAUGAUCAAAGUUCUUGGCCCGUGUUUUUUUUUUUUAUAUUUCCUAGAUUUAUAAAUCCAGAUUGAAUUAAUUAAUAUGAUAAUUAAUAUAUAUCAUUUUUAAUUGUAAUAAAAUCCAUUUUUUAUUUUUCAAAUUAAAUCUUAUGCAACAGAUUCCAUAAUAAAAUUACACCAACAUUCUUACAUUGAACCUUUUUUUCAAAUUUAUAUUUUUUGAUACAUGUUAUAUUUAUUAAAUUGAAUAUGAUGGAUGCCUAAUGGUGAUUUAAAUAUUAAAGCUUGAUACAGCAUGAGGCCAACAUAACACCUGAUAAUGAGUGAUUUCUGAAUACUGUUUUGCUUUUUGAUAAAUGAAGUGCACAGUCAUUAAUUUUAUUUUAGAAAAUAAGAAAAGUGAUUCAUGUUUUGGGCCCUUCAGAACCAAAAUUUUGUUGGUUUGACCAUAUAUGUGUACAUAUGAUUACUGUACAUAUGUGUACCAUAUAUGUUGUAUAUUUACUGUGAUUACUGUCAUUUAUAAAGAAAUGUAUAUAUUAAUAAUAAAAAAGAUAUUGUUUGUAAAUAAUUUUUUUUUGUUGGCUAAUAAAGUAAUAAAAUAAAUUUUAAAUCAAC